AUUUAUCGGGCGGGAUGCUGGCAUGGAGGAGAUCAAUGAGCCCAUUCACAGCUCUCCUGCGCCUCCAUCAAAUCCGGUACUGCUGGGGACCUGGCCGUACUCUCAUCAUAGAUAAGGAAGGCACCAAGCAUGUAAUACACGACAUGCAAGAGGCCACUGGGACACUGGGCUUACUUGGCCUCCCCACAGAACCAUUGGCUCCGGCGACACCAUCAGCAGGACAAACGCGCCCACACGGAAGAUACUCCUCAAGUGCACCAGAGUUUGUUCCGCGGAGACCACCCGUGGAUUCAUAUGCCAAGGCCACCACCUGA